CAGAGUGAGAGCUCUUUACCUUCUGUUCCAUCUCUGCAGUGCCCAGAGUCAGAGGGUGAGAGCAAAGAUCCUCGGCUGAGAGACAGAGCAGAGCUCAUCUUCUUCAUCUUCACACAGUGAAGCAGCAGCACAUGAUGUGAAGCUUCUUCACUUUUCUGUGACAUUUUCUAAUCCUUUGUUUUACUGUGGGACUUUUUUUUCUUGUGGUGGCAGAGAUGCCGGUGCAAAUCCCAGAUGACUCUGACUUCUCUUCAUUCAAAGAUCAGUGUCUGAGCACAGACGGAUGGAUCAGCCGCUACAGCAAGGGCGGUGUGACGGUGUGGUGCCGGGAGGAGGAGAGCAAGGCAGUCCAGAAACUCAAGAUGAGGAUAGUGUGUAAAGACGUGACUGCAGAGACGCUAUACGACGUCCUCCAUGACACCAGCUACCGCAGGAAGUGGGACACCAACAUGAUCGACACGUACGACAUUGGCAGACUGACCGUCAACGCAGACGUUGGAUAUUACUCCUGGAAAUGUCCGACUCCUCUGAAGAACAGAGACUUUGUAACGAUGAGAUCUUGGCUUCCUCUCGGCAGCGACUACUUGAUCAUCAACUACUCCGUCAAACACCCGCAACAUCCUCCAAAGAAGGACUAUGUCCGAGCCGUGUCUCUGCUGACCGGAUACCUGAUCCAGUCCAACGGAGCCACCAGCUCCACCCUCUACUACCUGACCCAGAUGGAUCCCAGAGGUUCUUUACCAAAGUGGGUGGUCAACAGAGUCUCUCAGUUUGUGGCUCCGAAGGUAAAAUGGUGGACAGUUUGUCAUCCUCUCAGUUUUGGACAGUGGACGUGUCUCACUUUGUCUCUGUCCUCUCAGGCCAUGAGGAAGAUCUACAAGGCGUCUCUGAAGUACCCGGAGUGGAAGAGGAAGCACAGCCCUCACCUGAAGCCCUGGAUGUUCCCGGAGCAGAACUCGCUGCCGUGCGUCCGCGUGUCGGAGCUGACGCUGCAGCGAGCCGACUCCCUGGAGAACAUCGACGAGAGCAGCGCGAGCGAAGAGAAGCGGCAGCACAGCGACGACGAGGAGACUUAACUGACCCAAACUAACCAGCUGCUGUGUGUGUUGCUGUGUUUCACCAGAUAAACGUGUUGAUCCGCA